AUGGGGAAGGGAGACACCUCAGAAAUAACAUCAGUUACCCCAGCCUAUCGCUCUAUCAUGGAAGAGUAUGGUUAUGAGGUGGGCAAGGUCAUUGGCCAUGGCUCCUAUGGAACAGUCUAUGAGGCUUACUACACAAAGCAGAAGGUCAUGGUGGCUGUCAAGAUCAUCUCAAAGAAGAAGGCCUCUGAUGACUAUCUUAACAAGUUCCUACCGCGUGAGAUACAGGUAAUGAAAGUCCUACGGCACAAGUACCUCAUCAACUUCUAUCAGGCCAUUGAGACCACAUCCCGAGUAUACAUCAUUUUAGAGCUGGCUCAGGGUGGUGAUGUCCUCGAAUGGAUCCAACGAUAUGGGGCCUGCUCUGAGACCCUUGCUGGCAAGUGGUUCUCCCAGAUGGCCUUGGGCAUCGCUUACCUGCACAGCAAGGGCAUCGUGCACCGCCUGACCCCCAGCCUUUCUGCUGCUGGUAGGGACUUAAAGUUGGAGAACCUGUUGCUGGACAAGAGGGAGAAUGUGAAGAUAUCGGACUUUGGCUUCGCCAAGAUGGUGCCUUCUAGCCAGCCUGUGCGUAGUAGCCCUUCUUACCGCCAAAUGAACGGCCUUGCCCACCUCAGCCAGACCUACUGCGGCAGUUUUGCUUAUGCCUGCCCGGAGAUCUUGCUGGGCUUGCCCUAUAACCCUUUUCUGUCCGACACCUGGAGCAUGGGCGUCAUCCUCUACACUCUAGUGGUUGCACGUCUGCCCUUUGAUGACACCAAUCUCAAGAAGCUGCUGAGAGAGACCCAGAAGGAGGUCACAUUCCCAUCUAACAUCAACAUCUCCCAGGAGUGCAAGAACCUGAUCUUCCAGAUGCUACGCCAAGCUACCAAGCGUGCCACCAUCCUGGAUGUCCUCAAGGACCCCUGGAUGCUCAAGUUCCAGUCUGAGCAACCCACGAAUGAGAUCAAGCUGCUCGAGGCAAUGUCUCAGCACGUCAGCAACACUAAUCGCCACCAAUCCUUGGAAAUCACAGCUUGAAAAGGGCUGAGGUGGGAGCUGAGGAGAAAAGCUGGAGGGUCUUGGGGGGAAAUCUUUUAUAUAAAAAAUAAAUCUAA